AGAAAAAGGUGUAGAGAGACAUGGAACUUGAAAGAAUCAUUCGAGACACACUGACAUACUUCAUCCAGUCCCACAUCCCUGCUGCAGACCUCAGUGGGAUGGAUGAUGUUUUCUUCUCUUACAUCACGGGUGUCCUGGAAGAGCUGGGCUCACCAGAGUCCUCUGAGGAGACCUUUGACAUGGACACCUUUGUGGAAAUGAUGGAGGCAUAUAUUCCUGGUUUUGCAGAAAUCCACAGUGGGGAUAUUUGUGAAAUGAUGUUCUCCCUCUCAGAAAGGCUUUGUGAAGCUCGCAACAAAGAAAAACCUGGCCAAAAGACUGUGGAAAGCAGGAGUGAAGCACCCUCUGAAGACCUGACCAAGGGGCAGGAGCCUGGAGCUGGAGCCUGCAACGGGGAAAGGCUGUGCACUCCAACAGAUGGAGCCGGCGCCCAGGAAGGCGAUGACUUGAAGGAUGGGGUGGAACUGCUCCUGGAGAUGUUCCCAGCCUGUACCGUGAGCCAGGCAGAGAAGGCACUCGCCAUGGCCUUGGGGAACUUGGAGGAGGCAGUGCAGUUAAUUGUGGAGGAGAAAGUGGAAAUUGGCCCAGCAGGUGUGAGUGUGAAGGAACUGGUACGGCCCCGCAGAGCACCCAACCACGAGGAACUAAAACAGGUUAUCCUACAGAAAUACAUGAUGGUGGAUAGUGCAGAGGAUCAGAAAACACAUCGGCCAGCUCCACCCAAAGAGGCUCCCAAGAAGUUGAUCCGCUAUAUUGAUAACCAGGUGGUGAGUACAAAGGGAGAGAGGUACAAAGAUAUCAAGAAGCCUGAGAGCGAGGAGAUGAAAAGAACCUACAUCAGCCUCAAACCAGCCAGGAAGUACAAGUUCCACUGACAGCCAGGUCCUCCUGCUCUUCAGCCUCCACCUCACCGGCCAGGCAUGGAGAGAUGGACACCUGGCACUAGGGAUGAGGGGACUCGGCCACCUGCCACUAACUGGAACUAACCUGGGAGCCAGGACACUGCUUUCAGCUUCCUCAACUAACCCAGUUGAUGAGGAGGAGCCUUCUCUCCUUGUAUAGCUGUCCCUCUGCCCCAGGGGCACACUGCAGUGGCUCUCUGGGGCAUGGGCAUUCUCUGCUAUUCCUUGCAUGGGACAUUUUUUAGAUCCAAGAUGUGGCUUCUGCUUUUGCAGCAAGCUUUUUACAAGUCUGUGUGCACUGUUGCUUUAAAUUGAGUGCCAGUGUUAAUAAAGAUGUGAAUUGGUGUGUAGUUCA